AUGAGGCACCUGCAGCUGCUCCUCUUUGGCACGGUGCUGUUCGUGCUAGCGAUGGUGGCUUUUGGUGAGCCGAUCCAUAGCCACCACCAUAACCAUCAUUUGCUCCAUCACAAAAAGAAGCACAACCAUCAUCAUCAUCACCACAAGGGAGUGUACGGGUUUGGUGAUCCGUUUGCGUCGAAUGGUCGUUGGCUACCGGAGGAGGAUGCGACGUGCAAUUGUGGCUUACUUAUGCAGAAGAUCAAGCGACUGCGCGAGAAGGUGAUGGUGGUACUGAACAAGUUCGAUAAACUGCUGAAGGUGCAGGUUGAUCUGCGGCAGAUCAAAAAUCUGCUAAAGAACAUCGAUCUCUCGCUGACGACGCUGGGAGGCUUUUUGGCCAGCAGCGAAAGCCAGAUGGAGGUACUCGGCGAGCAGACGUGGCUAAUUUCGGUGGCAUUCAGUCGCGCCAAGGCCGGCGUAGUGCAGCUUAUAACGAAAGAGAACCUGGUAGACUUUCUUGGCACGGUAAAGUCCUCGACCGAGAGCCCGGUGCUGGAGGAGCUGGAAGAGAUCACCUACCCGUCGUGUCAGGAUCAUCGGAUCGUGAAGACGGGCGUAUACAAGAUCUCCGUCAACGUGACCAAGAGCAUGUACGUGCUGUGCAGUUUGGACUUUGGCAACAACGCGUGGACGGUGAUCCAGAACCGCUACGACGGAACGGAGAAUUUCUUCCGGCCGUGGAACCACUACAAGCAAGGGUUCGGUUAUUACGGCUAUGGUGAGUACUGGUUGGGACUGGAGAACAUCCACUCGAUGAUGGCGGGCCGUGAGCACGAGCUGUUGAUCCUGCUGGAAGACUUUGAUGGCAAGUUCGCAUACGCCAAGUACAAGUACUUCCGCGUCGACGCGGAGAAGGACGGCUACAAGCUGUCCAAGCUGCACCAUUACGUCGGUACGGCGGGUAACUCGCUGCAGGACUCGGAGGGCAUGAUGUUUACCACGUACGACAGGGACAACGACAAGGCGGCCGAGAACUGUGCCGAGAAAAACCACGGUGCCUGGUGGUACAAGGCGUGCGGUGAUACUAACCUCAAUGGAGCGUACCGGAAGGAAUACUCGCACGAUCAGUCCGGUCUCUUCUGGAAGGAGUUCCGCGGGGUUAACUACAGCCUGAAGCGGACCCGCAUUAUGAUCCGAAGCAGAAAGGACCAUCACCACCAUCAUCAUCAUCGCCAGCAGGGUUGGGAUCCUCACAAGGGCUAUCACAGGCUGGAGGGGGAGUACGACACAGCCGAUGAAUCCGUGGAAGAUGAGCUGAUCGAUGACGAUGAUGACUUCGUUCCGACCUCUUUCGAGAAAGCUCAGUAG